AUGUUCCGUGCCUGCUCCACCCCACUCAUACUAGCCCGUUCCAUAUACCCACUCGCCCCAUCGCUCCACAGUAAGGUCGACUCCAUCCAGUACUACGCCCACCAAGUACAGAACUUCAACGACAAAGUGCGCGCGGAACAGACCAGUAUCAAGCAAGUGUAUGCGCUUUACGGGUACGAUUUGCCGGACGAUGAAGACCCCACUAUUGACACAGGCUCACACUCCCAGUCACUUACACAGCCCAUACAACCCGAUACAGCCGGGCGAGACGAGAGCGAACUGGCACGCAUGAGACGCAAG